AUGUCGAUGGGAUUGGAGAUUGGCGGGGUGGCCUUGUCGGUGCUGGGUUGGUUGUGCAGCAUCAUCUGUUGCGCGUUGCCCAUGUGGAGAGUGACGGCCUUCAUCGGCAACAACAUCGUGACGGCCCAGAUCAUCUGGGAAGGGCUGUGGAUGAACUGCGUGGUGCAGAGCACGGGGCAGAUGCAGUGCAAGGUCUACGACUCCAUGCUGGCCCUGCCGCAGGACCUGCAAGCCGCCCGCGCCCUCCUGGUGGUGGCCAUCGUCUUGGCCGUCCUGGGUUUACUGGUGGCCAUUGUGGGCGCCCAGUGCACCCGCUGCGUGGAGGACGAGAGCACCAAAGCCAAGAUCACCAUCGUCUCCGGUGUCAUCUUCCUGCUCUCCGGCGUCAUGACCCUCAUCCCCGUCUCCUGGUCGGCCAACACCAUCAUCCGGGAUUUCUACAACCCGCUGGUGCUCGACGCGCAGAAGCGGGAGCUGGGCACCUCGCUCUACGUGGGUUGGGCGGCCUCCGCCCUCCUGCUGCUGGGGGGGGCCCUGCUCUGCUGCUCCUGCCCCCCAAAAGAUGACAGGUACCCCACCGGCAAGGUGGCCUACUCCGCCCCGCGCUCCGCCGUCACCAGCUACGACAAGAGGAACUAUGUCUGA